CAUUAUGGUGUUACUUAUUUGCAAACUAAACGCUAAGUACUCAUGCAGUGCUUUUCUUGCUGAUAUAAUCUUGCCCAGCUGUUGCGUUGAUUGUUAUUUUUGUAUUUGACGAUCAUCCGGACUUGUUAUUGCAUUUGUUAGACGGUGGGUUUGGUGCAACACUAACCUUUUUUGGCUUUUCAAGAAAAUAGACCCACCAUGUCGAAGGGAUGCACAUCUUUGACUUUGGAGGGCGGUACCCUAAAAUUUCUUCUCCUGUGUGCAUUGUGUCUAGCCAUCACAUUCAUUGCUGAACGACCACUCACAACUUUAACAGCUCUCUCGACAACAAACACAAGAAUGCAAUUUGGUUGGAAGGAAAACCCAACCUACAAAAAUCCAGAACCAAGGUCAUUUGAAGAAGCAACUGACUACGCUAACAUGAUGGUAGAACAGAAACGACGUCGAGAACUUAUCAAGAAAGCAUGCACAGCAGCUAAUAUAUCACGUCAAAUCGAUAUAGAUCAUGGCGGUGUGUUCAAGAAUGUUGGACAUCUCUUAGUAGAUGACAAGUAUAAGAUCCUUUUUGGUUUCAUUCCAAAGGUUGGAUGUACCACAUGGAAAGGCGUCAUUAAUAGGCUUCGAUCCACACAUAAAGACCAUUUAGCAAAAGUAGGGACUCUCAGAAAUUUCAAAGACAAUCAUACUGAAAUCUACUAUCGUAUUCAAAAUUACAGAAAAGUUUUAUUUGUUCGAGAACCUAUUACUCGUAUGUUAUCUGGCUACCUCAGUAAGUUAAAGAAUUUUAAGAAUCUCCAGAGGGUUUGGGAACAGUACAUAGGAGCAAAAAUCGUGAGAAGGUACAGAGGAUAUGACCAUGCUGAAAGAUAUAGAGAUGAAACAAAUAAACCGUUUAUGAAUAUCACUCUGUCAGAGUAUAUUCAAUUUAUUACAGAUAUCGGUAGCAAAAUCGUAAUGGAAGAACUCAACGAUCAUUGGCUUCCUCUGCACGUUGUGUCUAACCCAUGUCAAAUUUCCUAUGAUUUUAUUGGUCACUAUGAGAAUCUAGCGAUUGAAGGACCUUUUGUUCUGAAAUGGCUUGGUGUAGAUCACUUGGCACCAUUCCCUCAAGUUCAUGAGUCCCAUGCCUCUAAUGAAAUGAUUAAAGAAUAUUCACAAGUGUCCCUAAGUUUACUUAAGAGAAUAUCUGACUAUUACGCGUUUGAUUACAAAGCAUUUGGAUAUCAUGUCAACGACACACUUUCAAUUUUGAUGAAUGGUAUAUUCGAUGAAGAGGAAGAUGUCUUCUAAAUUUAUUGACACGAUGUGCUUGAUAGUUAAGGAUUUGACCUUUAGAUCUCUUGUUUAUUCUAAAAAUCGAUGACAAAUCCUGUAUGGAAAAUCAAGCGUGGGAUAUACUUAAACUAUUUGGCUCGUAUUCUGAUAGCAGGUUUAACUUAAACUCGGGUUUAAAGAUGUGGUUUAAGUAUGGAUAGCCAAUUGUCACAUA